AUGCUGUUGUGCAGACACGACAGGCAGCUGGUAUCCCCAUCAGUUUUCAACUCCGGCACCACACCCAAUCUACUAAAAAGAGGGACUGUUGCCGGUGUCCCCCAGCCCGCCAACAUGCUAGAGGAGGCAGGGACCUGCCCCUCCAAAGUCACAGCAGCUCCUGAUCAUGUCCCCAGCCACCUGCAGUCACUGUAUGCUGAGAGCUGUGUGAACCUGCUGGAAGAGGACCGCUGGAGGCUGGCUGAACUGCUAACAUCUUACAGCGAUGUUUUCUCCACUGGGCCCACCAACCUAGGCCGCACCAGCCUUGUCAAGCAUGACAUCAUGACCACAACAGAGCCUCCAAUCAAACAGCAGCCCCGCAGAAUGACCUGA